GACGGGGUGGGACUAAAAAUGGCGGUGGAGCAGAGACGAAAAAGACGGGACGCCGAAGCGGAGCUUAACCUGCCGCCGGGCUUCAGAUUCCACCCCACCGACGACGAGCUCAUCCUCCACUACCUAUGCCUCAAGGUCGCCUCGAAGCGCCUGCCAGUCCCCAUCAUCGCCGAGGUCGACCUCUACAAGUUCGACCCCUGGGAACUACCAGAAAUGGCGUUGUUCGGGGAGAAGGAGUGGUACUUCUUCACUCCACGCGAUCGGAAGUACCCAAACGGCUCGCGGCCGAACCGGGCCGCCGGGAAGGGAUACUGGAAGGCCACCGGCGCUGACAAGCCGAUCUCCAAGAAGGGGUGCUGCCGGACUGUGGGGAUCAAGAAAGCUCUCGUCUUUUACUCCGGCAAGGCGCCGCGCGGCGUCAAAACUGACUGGAUCAUGCACGAGUACAGACUGGCCGACGCGGAUCGCAGCCCCAAAAACGGAAGCCUCAAGUUGGAUGCCUGGGUUCUUUGCCGGUUGUACAACAAGAAGAAUACCCGGGGGAAGAUGCUGCAGCCGCCGGAGGAGACGUCGGCCGUGGACUCUGUGGACAGGACGCCGGAAUCCGAAGUGGAUAACGACGCCCUGUUGCCGGAUGUUAAUGGCCUGGCGUUUCCAUCCGUUGCUUCGCAAGCUUUUGCUCCCCCUGUGAUCGAGAAGAGUUUGGUGAAGGAAGAAGACAGUCGAUGGUUCAUGGACUUGGAGCUGGACGAUUUGCAGUGUUCCUGCAUGCGUUUUGGAGCAUCGCCUGUUUUAGAUUUAACCAGCCAAGAUUACUACUUCCAAUUCAAUGCAACAACUCCAGUUCCGAUCGCAGCCAAAACAUUGCAAUUCUGAUUUGUGAAGAACAGGAUAGUGCAGAGAAUUAUAGAUCAAAGAUCUAAACAGGGUUUUCUUCUUCAGUCACUUUUUCUUUGUUUUUUUUCCCCCCGCCUAUUUAACGCAUCAUAUAAAAACAUUUGUCAAAAUUAGUAUUGAAGCCUUGUUUUCUCUCGAAUAAAAUUAAUCUAAUCGUAUUUA